CAGUUAAAGUCAUGCUGUGGAUAUGUGUGUGCAUUUGUGUGAUUCUUACUGCUAAAGCUCAAGACAUUACAACCAUCAGAGAUCAAAACAAUAAUUUAGCAAAGCAGAUAGAAGUGCAAAGUAUGCGAGUGGACUGCAAAGUCGCAUCUCGUUUUGCUCACACUGUCAUGACCACCAAAGCCUUUAACACAGCCAAUGCAUCACAGGAAGUGUUCUUUGAGGUGGACUUACCCAAAACAGCCUUCAUCACCAACUUUAGCAUAGAGAUUGAGGGCAGGAUAGAUGUCAGCGAGGUGAAAGGAAAAAGAGAAGGCCAGGCACCAGUAUGAGAGUGCUGUGUCCAUCCGG